AUGGAAGAGAUGGAAGAAGAGUUAAAAUGCCCCGUGUGCGGCUCCUUCUAUCGGGAGCCCAUCAUCCUGCCCUGCUCUCACAAUAUAUGUCAGGCGUGCGCCCGCAACAUCCUGGUGCAGACCCCGGAGUCGGAGUCCCCCCAGAGCCGACGGGCCUCGGGCUCCGGGGUCUCCGACUAUGAUUAUCUGGACCUUGACAAGAUGAGCCUGUACAGCGAGGCGGACAGCGGCUAUGGCUCCUACGGGGGGUUCGCCAGCGCCCCCACUACCCCGUGCCAGAAGUCCCCCAACGGCGUCCGUGUGUUCCCCCCGGCUAUGCCGCCACCGGCCACCCACCUGUCACCGGCCUUGGCCCCGGUGCCCCGCAACUCCUGUAUCACCUGCCCCCAGUGCCACCGCAGCCUCAUCCUGGAUGACCGGGGGCUCCGCGGCUUCCCCAAGAACCGCGUCCUGGAAGGGGUAAUUGACCGCUACCAGCAGAGCAAAGCUGCGGCCCUUAAGUGCCAGCUUUGCGAGAAGGCACCCAAGGAGGCCACCGUCAUGUGCGAACAGUGCGAUGUCUUCUACUGUGAUCCGUGCCGCCUGCGCUGCCACCCGCCCCGGGGGCCCCUAGCCAAGCACCGCCUGGUGCCCCCGGCCCAGGGCCGCGUGAGCCGGCGGCUGAGCCCAAGAAAGGUCUCCACCUGCACAGACCACGAGCUGGAGAACCACAGCAUGUACUGCGUGCAGUGCAAGAUGCCCGUGUGCUACCAGUGCUUGGAGGAGGGCAAACACUCCAGCCACGAAGUCAAGGCUCUAGGAGCCAUGUGGAAACUGCACAAGAGCCAGCUCUCCCAGGCGCUGAACGGGCUGUCGGACAGGGCCAAGGAAGCCAAGGAGUUCCUGGUGCAGCUGCGCAACAUGGUCCAGCAGAUCCAGGAGAACAGUGUGGAGUUUGAGGCCUGCCUGGUAGCUCAGUGUGACGCCCUCAUCGACGCCCUCAACAGGAGGAAAGCCCAGCUGCUUGCCCGUGUCAACAAGGAGCACGAGCACAAGCUAAAGAUUUCUGACGCCCUCAUAAGGAGAGUGCACCUGACUGAGGAUCAGUGGGGGAAAGGCACGCUCACUCCCAGGAUGACCACGGACUUCGACUUGAGUCUGGACAACAGCCCUCUGCUGCAGUCUAUCCACCAGCUCGACUUUGUGCAGAUGAAAACUUCCUCUCCAGUCCCAGCGACCCCCAUCCUACAGCUGGAGGAGUGCUGCACCCACAACAACAGCGCUACGCUGUCUUGGAAACAGCCGCCCCUGUCCACGGUGCCCGCCGACGGAUACAUUCUGGAGCUGGAUGACGGCAAUGGUGGUCAGUUCCGGGAAGUGUAUGUUGGAAAGGAGACCAUGUGCACCGUGGAUGGUCUUCACUUCAACAGCACAUACAAUGCUCGCAUCAAGGCCUUCAACAAAACAGGAGUCAGCCAGUACAGCAAGACCCUGGUCCUCCAGACGUCCGAGGGUAAGGCCCUUCAGCAGUAUCCCUCAGAGCGAGAACUGCGAGGCAUCUAGCAUGGCUGGCAAGCCCGGAGGUAACCCCACCACUGCCCACAUUCGCAAGUGUUUCCGUGACUUCCCCUGCAUUCCGGCACAGAGCCGCUGUUUCUCUCCUGCCUUUAGCGAGCCCAUGGUAUGUGGACGUGAUCAAACCAAAGAGUCCACAGCGGCAGUUCCAAUGGCCUUGGCCGGUGGCUUCCUUUGAUAACGCUCUAAAUAAGCUGCAGCGGAAGAAGCUGAAAAGUGAAGGCCUCAAUGUGCCGCGGUGUGUGAGACAGAUGUAUCUAGGCUCUAGGGCAGGCUCCCAUUCUCCACGAUACACAACAUUGGCCAGUUUUGCCCAGACGAUUCUCAAUUGCUUUGUAGCGCUGGCUUGGGUCUGAGGGCGGGGCCGAGGUCCUUACCAGCUGCGGAUUUAUCCGACUGAACGUGUUUCCAAGGGGUGUGGGGCGCAGGAGCCGUUCCGAGAGGGCCUGUCGGCCACUCCUGGCUUAACCAGAAAGUUCCGUUUCACACGCUGGGACUGAGGCUCCCUGUGGGCACCAGCCAGGAAGAGGCCAGCGCCUCUGCAUUACCUCGCCAUUUUCACCUUUGCCAGUACCUCUAGGUUUGGUUAGGCUGCCCAGGGCCUCCGCACAAGGUCCAUCUCCAGACAACUUUCGCUUCUUGGCUAUACUGUAAAUAUUUUGGUCAUCAAAGGCAAGCCGUCCAUCUCAGGAGAGGGGCUUGGAUUUGAUGGCCAGGUAUAACCUCUGAGGCUCUUAACAUUUUCACUCUAAAAGCAAUUGCAACACAUGAAAUUAAACCUAUGACGAGGUAUUUGUGGUCGGUGCCAAAGCAUUUUCAGACCUUCUGGGUGUCAUUUUAAUCAUAGAAGCCACCCCCAUCCCAUGGCAUUCUCUGUAACUUCCCUCUGCAGAACUGAUUAUGUUGAUUUUGUUCACAUUCCAAAUGUUAGCUAAAAGAACUGUGCUCCGCUUCCCACAAACCUCAGCAUGUGCCAGUCACCCCUAAAAUGGUUCACAUGGUUAAAAAUAAGCACAACUUCAAAUCCCACAGCAAGGUUGAAAGGCCCCUAGUCGUGCAAACCACACUUGGGGAGCACUUGUAAUUCUGAAUGAUGCUACUCAAAGAGAAGGAUCUGGUGAAGGGGAAAUGCCCACAUACCUAUCCCCCUGUGGGUUAUAGGGAUGUGGUAGCCAAGCGUCCCCUGGGAUGAUCAUUUUAGCAGCUUCUCUCUGGGAAGAGAGCUAUCAGCUUGAGAGCAAUUGCCUCUUUUCCCAAAGCACCGUGCUAGAUGCUAAAGCCCUCCAGAAGUGUUCCUAGGUGCAAUGCAGAAGGCCCUUGAUGGGGAUGGCCUUGUUUCCCAUGUGUGUACAAAGCGGUUUGAUUGAAGAGUGAAGUGCAUGCCAUCAGAGCAGGGAGACAAUUUGCAGCAACGUUGUUAAUGUGUCACCAGACCUACGGGAAAACUAUUUCUAUUCAUAAUGCAUCAUGGAAAUCAUACUAUUCUGCUAAAAUCAGUUAUUAGCAUAGCAGCCUGAGCACUUAUGUCUCUCUUUUCAUCCUGCAGGAGGGUGUAGUUUCUAAGUUUCGAUUAAUGUUCAUAAGAUUAUGGUGUCUAAUAAAUUACAGGAUUGGAACUGCGAUCCUUGGUACCACAGUCACAGAACUGGGGGUCAUUUUCUAAAAGAAACUAACGGAACAAGUCCUCUUCCAACAAAGAAACUGUACUGUAGAAAUUAAU